AUGCUACAUUGGUUGUCUCCACUUCUCACGACGACGAUCCCCGUCCGCGCGGAGCAAAAGGGUCCCAAGCACGUCAUCAUGACGGUGAUCGACGAUCUUGGUUACGACGACCUCGGCUUUCGCAACGAGGGCCAGAUUCUCACGCCUCAUUUCAAUCGGCUCCACUCGCAGGGCAUCGAUCUCUCCUCGUACUACGUCCAGCCCUCCUGCAGCCCGACGCGGGCUGCCAUACUGACGGGGCGCAAGCCGCUGCACACGGGCAUCAACUUUUGGCUGCCAAACAUCGCCGCCGGUCUGUCGCUGAACGAGGUGACGCUGGCGCAGGUGCUCAACCGACGCAACUUCACCUCGCACGCCGUGGGGAAGUGGCAUCUUGGGUUCCAUAAGACACCGUACACACCAACCUUCCGCGGAUUCAGCAGCUUCUACGGGUACUAUGAGGGCUCCGAGGACUACUACACGCACGUGACCAACGGCGGAUUCGACUUUCACGACGAGCGGGCUCCUUUCUGCGGUCCUGGCUGCACGCAGCGGCCGUGGCACCUGCAGGGACAGUAUUCCACCAACCUGUUCACCGCGCGCGCAGUAGAGAUCAUCUCGCAGCACAACCUGAGCAGCAGGCUCUUCCUUUACCUCGCCUACCAAGGAGUCCACGCGCCGCGGCAGGCGCCCGCAGCGUACGUCGAGCCAUACAAGAAGGGCAUCGCCGACCCCGUCCGCCGGACGUUUGCGGGGAUGAUCUCGGCUCUGGAUGAGGGAAUUGGCAACGUCACCGCGGCGCUGGCUGCGCGAGACAUGAUUGACGACACGCUCAUCGUCGUGACGACAGACAACGGCGGCCCCACCACCGAGUGCUCGACCACGGGGCAAUCCAACUGGCCGUUCCGCGGCUCCAAGUGCUCCAUUUAUGAGGGCGGCACCCGAGGCACUGCCUUCCUCCACUGGCAGGGUCUGCCGCGGCGGGGCGUGACAUUCACUGGCCUCGCGCACGCUGCCGAUUGGCUGCCCACAAUCGUGAGCGCCGUUGGGUCGCGACUCUGGCCCAACGAGACGCUCUCGCUCGACGGCCUCGACUUGUGGGACGCUCUUCUGUCCAACGGCGCCCUCAAACCUAAACCCCACGAUCAGCUCCCUCGCCCUCUUUCUUACCUUCCCACACCUCCACCCACCUUUCGCCCCACCUUUCGCCCCGCCUUUCGCCCAACCCACUCUGCGCGCCCACUCUGCACGAUAUGA